AUGAGUACCCUUUCAUCUUUACGUGUGGUUUACAAAGUUGUCGACGGGCAGGAAAUCGAUGCUGACGUCUACAUUCCUGACCCUAAACGCCACAUUUCCAAACCAGUCCCUGUUUUGAUCAAUAUCCAUGGCGGGGCUUUUAUGCUGGGCUCAUCCAAGAUGGUGAACCGUGACCAGAUAAAGGACUGUCUGGAUAGAGGCUGGCUUGUGAUAGCACCUAACCACCGCCUCUGUCCUCAGGUCAACAUGAUUGAAGGGCCAAUGAAAGAUUGUAGAGACCUGUUGGCAUGGAUUUAUGAUGGAGGUCUCCAGCAGUCCCUUUCCACCAACGGACAACAAUCACUCACUCUUGACUUGGAUCACGUGUUUUCCUUUGGCACUUCCUCUGGGGGAACAUUAGCGCUGAGUUUGGGCUUCGAUGUUCCCCGUCCGGUAGCUGGCAUAUACGACAUGUACGGACCUUGCAAGUUCGACGAUGUCUGUUGGACCACAGAGCUUACUUACCUGGCUGAAAAGCUACCCAGUGGACUCGAAGACUCGUUCAUGAAUCGUAUCUUCGACGAGCAGCCAGUGCCAAUUCAAGGCGGUGUCUCCCUCGAAGGUCAGGCACCUGGACCGCCUGAUUUCACUGAUCCUCGGCAAGCAUAUGCCAUGACACGUGUCGCGCGUGGCCAGGUCAUUGAGAAUAUACUGCAACCCCAAGAGUAUCAGCGAGCAGAUCCCCUCAAGAAUAUUUCAACUUUGUUCCCACCUACAUUCAUUGUGCAUGGCACAGCCGAUACAAUGGUACCGAUAUCCGUUAGCCGAGCGCUGUUUGCCGAGUUGCAAAAGAAUUAUGUCAUCUGCGGUAUGGCAGAGAUACCAGGUGAAGAGCAUACAUUUUCUGUGACAAUGCAGGUUGGGUCACGUACUUGGGACCUGCAGCGGCAGGGUUUCGACUUUUUGCAAUCUUUGAUCAGGUAGAAAGAUAGAAAAUAUGUGAAUUAUGAGGUUAUUUUAGGACAAUAUAU